UCGGCUGCAGGCCUGAAGCAGGUUUGCUGUCCCGCAACUGCCAUGGAGACUGUGCUCAAGCGGGAGCUGGGCUACAGCUCGGUCAAAGCUACGGGUCACUCGGGAGGCGGGUGCAUUAGCCAGGGCCAGAGUUACGACACGGACAGAGGACGAGUGUUUGUGAAAGUGAACUCCAAGGCGGAGGCUAAGAGAAUGUUUGAAGGUGAGAUGGCCAGUUUGACGGCCAUCAUGAAGACAGACACAGUGAAAGUCCCCAAGCCUAUCAAGGUCCUGGAUGCCCCAGGAGGCGGGAGUAUGCUGGUGAUGGAGCAUUUGGACAUGCGGUACCUGAGCAGUCAUGCUGCCAAGCUUGGGUCCCAGCUUGCAGAUCUGCACCUUGAGAACAAGAAGCUUGGAGAGGGGCUCCUGAAGGAGGCUGGCACCGUGGGUAAGGGACCUGCUCUGGAGAAGGGCCUUCAGCCCAUAGGCUCAGGGAUGGGCUGGGCGGUAAGCACCUGCUGCAACUAUCUGCUUUGCCCUAUACUCUCUCCUGGGCAGGUAAAUGACUGGCAGAAAGACUGGGUCACAUUCUAUGCCAGUCAGCGCAUUCAGCCCCAGAUGGACAUGGUGGAGAAGAGGUCCGGAGACCGGGAAGCUCUUGAGCUGUGGUCUGCUCUGCAGUUGAAGAUUCCUGACCUAUUUCGUGACCUGGAAAUUGUGCCCUCCUUACUUCACGGAGACCUCUGGGGAGGGAACGUAGCAGAAGAUUCCUCUGGGCCCAUCAUUUUUGAUCCAGCUUCCUUCUAUGGCCACUCAGAAUAUGAGCUGGCAAUAGCUGGCAUGUUCGGGGGCUUCAGCAGCUCCUUUUACUCUGCCUAUCAUAGCAAAAUCCCUAAAGCCCCGGGAUUUGAUAAGCGCUUGCAGCUGUAUCAGCUCUUUCACUACCUGAACCACUGGAAUCAUUUUGGAUCUGGAUACAGAGGAUCCUCUCUCAACAUAAUGAGGAAUCUCAGCAAAUGAACUGGCCAGAGGGCAGUCUGUUCUGAGUGUGCUGGGUCUCCUAACAAGAUGAUUCUGUGUGCAGAUCAAGUCUUACAUCACAAGUGUCACUGCCCUGAAGGAAUUGCCUCUGAGUGACCAGAGUCCAGCUAUUCCAAGGAGUUCAUGAUUCUCCACCGUCUUUUCCUCAUGGAUUCUUUCCAUUUACUCCAUGGCUGCACUUGCUUAAGAUACCUUGAUGUCUUAUUUCUUAGCCUUGUAGAGCAUGGGUUAUUUCAGAGGAAUGGUUAUAUAAUCCUGAAGUUGCGUACAUUGUGAGACUUCCUGGCUAGGUUAGGCCUCAGUGGUGAUUUGAGCAGAGACCUAGGAAGUUUAGGUACAGGGCGCCACACCGUGGAAGUUUAGGUACAGGGCGCCACGCCGUGCUGCAAAGGAAAGAACUCUGAGGACCGUGUUGGUGUGGCCGAGGUGCCCACCUCCCAUCGCUUCCUUGUUGUGCAUAGGGAACAUUUCUGAGCUCUUCACAGUGAUGCUUUGUGAUGGUCAGGCUUGAUCUAGACAUGGAGUCCUCUCGUCAGGAGAUCUGAGUAAUGACCAACUCUGAAAUCAGUGAUAUUCCCUCUGCUUGUGUAGUGCUUCUGAACCCUGCCACAAGCUGAGCCGGUCUGGAGAUUGGUUUGAGGACCGAUCAAGCUACCAACCUUAGGGUAACUUGGCUAAGUUUAGGAGCCUGGAAAAACGUUAUGCCAGCGUUGUGCUGUUUUCUCCUCUUGCUCCUCCUCUCCUUCCUCCUCCUCCUUCUCCUCCUUCUCCUCCUCCU